AUGGGUACCAUCUCAAAUAUAUCCCCGGAUACCCUUGUGCUCAUCAUCUCCCUCUUGCCCUUUAAAGAAGCCGCAAGAACCUGUCUUCUGUCCAAGGGUUGGCGUAACCUUUGGCAUAGUGCCGUACUCAACGUCGAGUUCAACGAGCGUCUCCAUGUUGUUGCAGCAGAACCAGCACAGAGAGAGAUCCAGAGACAAGAUUUCCUCAAUUCUGUGCGGCGCUAUAUUGCACGUGCAAACAAUGAACAAAUCAAUGUGAACAAGUUUCAUCUGGUAUCAAGUUUGUCUCAAGAUUCCCGAGUGAUUGCAGAUGAAGGCGUCGAUUUUUCAGUCCAGCGUAGCGUCAAACACCUGGUGAUCGAUUUUUCCGACGCCGCAUGGAAUGAAGACAGGUUCGAGAUUGAUGAGUGGGCAGCCGCAUGGACGUAUGUUUUGCCUGAGCAUUUCUAUUGUUUGAAUCCAGUUCUUGAAUCCUUGACUCUGAUUUCUUGCAACUUCAAUAUCCCACGACUCAAGAAUUUCCAUCUGCUAAAGGAAAUUUCUUUGGCUUGGAUUGAGUUCCCGGACACUAAUCUGCACAAGCUGUUGGUCAACUGUGUGGUGCUUGAAAGUCUGAGCCUUAAGAAUUGUUGGGACUUGGACAGACUCGACGUUUGCGGAGACAAUUUGAAGCUACGAAGCCUCGUGGUUGAUCGCUGCUGGUAUCGUCUUUUGGACGAGUUUCGUAUUAUGGUACCAAAUUUGAUGUAUUUCAAGUAUGCUGGUUUCUGUGCCCCCCUGUUCAAGGUAAGGAACACUGGAAGAGUGCAAGUGCUAGAUAUCGACUUUGGGCUUGACGAGAAUUGUGGGCCGGAAUUAGGUGAUUCUGUCUACGAUCUCCUUCACAAACUUUGCUCCAUCAGCACAUUGACAGUUUGCACUUACACGCUUCAGGUUAUUUCCAUGGGAAAGGACCCAAUUGGUGUGGAAAAUCCUUUGAGCGUGACAAGCUUGACACUGAAAACUGCAAUGCACAGCUUUGAGAUUUUGGGCAUCAAUUUUUUCUUGUGUAGCUGUCCUCGUUUGGAGAUUCUUGAUAUCGUCAUACGCCCAGGAAGAAUUUUUUAUGAUAAAUAUAGACUUCCUCAAUAUGAACAGCGGAAUCCUGCGACGGUGUGGACGAGAGAUGGUGCCGUUGACCAAUGCGUAACCGAAACGCUAAGGAGGGUUCGAGUAACGGGUUUCAAGGGGACACCAAAUGAGAUGACUAUGCUCGACUAUCUGAUUAAAAAUGGCCGUGUCAUGCAAAAUCUCCGUGUCAUUAUCUCGAGGGAACUCGACGAUGGUGGAAGCCCAGAUACGUACGACCUCAGAGCUCAAGAUUUGCUUACUAUAAGAAGAGCCUCACCAGAUCUGCAAAUAGCAAUUAUGUAA